AUGUCUUACUCAAAUAAUGACUCGGAUCCGAAUCAACCCCAACCGGGCACCCGUCUCUACAACCCCUAUCAGGAUCUCCACAUGCCCUCCCAAAAACUAUACAACCUUUCCACCUCGCCGGAAUUCCUCUUCGCCGAAGAAUCCCUCCGACAACGCCGCUCCUGGGGCGAAAACCUUACCUUCUACACCGGUUCCGCAUACCUCGCUGCUUCCGUUGCUGGCGGCGCCGCCGGAUUCUUCUCCGCCUUCCGAUCCUUCGAGCCCACCGACACAAUCAAGCUUAAGGUCAACAGGAUCCUUAACUCCUCCGGCCAUUCGGGUCGGGUCUGGGGUAACCGGAUCGGAAUUGUGGGUUUGAUUUACGCCGGGACAGAAAGUGGCAUCGUGGCGGUCACCGAUAGGGACGAUGUAUGGAGUAGCGUGGCAGCUGGGCUUGGAACUGGGGCGAUUUGUAGGGCGGCCAGAGGGGUUAGGUCAGCUGCAGUGGCAGGUGCGCUUGGUGGAUUGGCGGCUGGUGCGGUGGUGGCUGGGAAGCAGGCGCUGAAGAGGUAUGCAAUGAUUUGA